GUAGAUCGUAUCAUACUAAUUCAUACUAUCAAGCUGCACGGGAUCAAAUUUUUUGUGUUGUCAACCAUCUUCGUAUUCGAAACAAGCCCGGAGCCUAUAAAUCUGGUCGAAUUGCAGAAAACAAGAAAUGUUGUAAAGGAUGCUCUGUCAAAAAAUUCCUCACUUCGCAGUCAUAGAGCCAGAAGAUAUAUCGACGCAUCGGAAUAUAUGGAAGACACUUAUCAUGAAAUUUACGAUAGUAAAUGGACCGUCUACCCAGAUGGACGCGGUAAUUACAUCAUCCCAUUCACGAUAUCUGCAAAUUACGGAAAGUCAGAAAGGAAGAUGAUUCUCGAAACGAUGCGUGAACUUGAAAAGAACAUAUGUAUACGUUUCCGUGAGCGCCGACGUCAAAAAGACUACAUCUACCUUCGUAGUGGAGAAGGGUGCGCUUCGACGGUCGGUUACAAAGAAGGAAAGACUGAAGUUUCGCUUGAAAAAGACGGAUGUAUCGACCAACCGUCAAUUUUCCAUGAACUAUUACACGUCAUUGGUGCAGACCAUGAACAUCAACGUUUAGAUAGAGACAGAUAUAUUAAGGUGCACUGGGAGAAUUUGAAGCCAAAUGAAGAGCAGAAUUUCAUCAAGGAAGCCCAAGUCCCGGAAGAUUUAAUAUAUGACUACGAAUCCAUCAUGCAUUAUGAAGAAGAUGCUUUUGCGAAGGAAGGAACAAUCACUAUAAAAACUUUGGACCCCCAUUUUCAGCAUAUAAUCGGGAAAGCAAAAGAGCCAUCGGUACUGGACUACGCGAAGAUUUGCGUUUAUUACGACUGCGUGGAAUGCAUGGGUUUAUAUGACUGGUAUUACAAAGAUGUCCAGCAUGCACGUUGAUACAAAUAAAUCAUCUUCGAUCUUACAAUAUAUAGCUG